UCGACGUCGAACGGGACUGUUUGUUCUGGAUUUGGGGUGAGGAAGGUCCUCCGAACGCUGACAACCGACUCAGCCAGGGUGGCGUGCAGCUCUCACUCACUGUGUUGCGGUUUGCACCCCCAGAGAGCGCGUCGCUGCCUCCUCAACCACACGAUGAACGCCCAAGCAAUUUAAGUAACGGCGGGACAGCAACAAAAAUAGAGUCAAGCGAGGAGUGGAAUGGCCUGAGGGGGAUCCCCCCAGUCCUACCUGCCCCUGCCAGGUCAAAUCUGGCUAAACUGACUGCUCGGUCGCUGCAAACCGCCACUGUGAUGGGGGACGGACUGGAGCCAGGCAGCAGCCACAACCCUCCUUCAGCCCCGCAGCCUCACAUCUUGAACCCCGCACCACCCGAAAUAGGGAAUUCCACCAGACCCAAACGACAGACUAACCAGCUACAGUACCUGCUCAAAGUGGUACUGAAGACAUUAUGGAAACAUCAGUUCGCAUGGCCCUUUCAUUCUCCUGUAGAUGUCAUCAAACUCAAUUUACCUGACUAUUAUAAAAUAAUCAAAACCCCAAUGGACAUGGGUACCAUAAAAAAGCGACUGGAGAACCACUACUACAAAAACGCCCAGGAGUGUAUUCAUGACUUCAACACUAUGUUCACCAAUUGCUACAUCUACAACAAGCCCAGCGAUGACAUUGUGUUGAUGGCCAAGGCCUUAGAGAAGCUAUUCCUCCAGAAGAUCACACAGAUGCCGGAGGAGGAGACGGAAAUUGCCGUGGUUGCGAAGGGACGGCGCGGCAUCAAACGAGAGCCUGCUCCUAUCAGCAUGUCAGAAUCAAGCCAAGACCUGUCCUCCCCCUCCAGCACCCCCCACACACGGAGCUUCUCGUCGCCUUCCACCCUCCCGCAGACCCAUGCGUCGUCAACCCCGCCUGCGCUGGCCCAGCCCCCACGUGUGCCUACUACACCCACAGCCCACGCACCCCACCUAGGACCUCCAUAUCCACUCUCAAUAGGAGGCAUCCUGCCCCAGGGGAUGACCGCUGUGGCCCCUCCGGCCGUCACGCACCCAGGCCUCCAUCCUAGUCCGAUGCUACAGAACGCCCCCGCUCUCAUCAAGCAAAGGAAGAGCCAGAAGAGGAAAGCGGACACCACAACGCCCACAGCCAACGACCAGCUCAGCGAAUCAUCUCCUGUCUCAGCGGAGACUCGAACACGCCGCGAGAGCAGUCGCCCGUCAAAGCAGCCCAACCGAGACCCGUCGCAGCCGGACUCCCAGCACCACCUGGUUGGUGGUUUGGAGACGGGAGGCAUGUUGACGCCCAAACGUCAGGAUCAGUUGCACUUCUGCUCCCUCCUCGUCAAAGAGAUGCUGUCCAAGAAACACUUUGCGUACUCUUGGCCCUUCCACCUACCCGUUGAUGCAAAAGCUCUUGGCCUUCAUGACUACCAUGACAUCAUCAAGCACCCCAUGGAUCUCAACACCAUUAAGAAAAAGCUGGACAACCGACAGUACAGAGACCCCCAAGAGUUUGCAGCAGAUGUCCGAUUGAUGUUCUCCAACUGUUACAAGUAUAAUCCGCCGGGUCACGAUGUGGUGGCCAUGGCACGGAAACUCCAGGACGUCUUUGAGAUGCGUUUUGCCAAGAUGCCCGAUGAGCCGGAGGAGGCCGCCCCGGUUCCCACGCCGUCAUCUGUCCUCCACCCUGCCCCCUCCACUCGACAAGCGCCGCCGCCGCCGCCUCCCAUUGUGUCGGAAGACAGCAGUUCCAGUUUGUCUGAAUCCGAGUCCUCAGUGGCAGACUCUGAUCAAGAGAGGCAGCAGCGAUUGGCUGUGCUACAGGAACAGCUCAAAGCUGUCCACGAGCAACUGGCCGCGCUCUCUCAGCCUCAGGUCUGCAAGCCCAAGAAGAAAGAGCGGGAGAAGAAGGAGAAGAAGAAGGAAAAGCACAAGAAGAAAAUGGGAGCGGAGGAACCCACCGAGCCCGCCGUGCUUCAGAUUUCCAAGAAGAGCAAAAGCGGCAAAGAGGCGCUCAUUGCCAAGAAGGAGAGAAAGAAGCCUGGUAAGAAAGAAGGCAUCAAAAACAGUCGUCCCGCUGUGCCCCCUCAGACCGGGCCGACCCCUCUCGUCCCUUCAGCCUCCCUCGAAGCAGAUGAUGACAUGGCAGACUUGUUUGGGAGCGCGGCAGCUGUCGGAGGCAAGCCAAUGUCAUACGAAGAGAAGCGCCAGCUGAGCCUCGACAUCAACAAGCUGCCCGGCGACAAGCUGGGCCGUGUCGUGCACAUAAUCCAGACCCGCGAGCCCUCCAUGAAAAACUCCAACCCGGAUGAGAUCGAGAUUGACUUUGAGACGCUGAAGCCCUCCACGCUCCGCGAGCUGGAGAAAUAUGUCUCCAGCUGCCUCAAGAGAAAGAAAAAGUCAUCAGAAAAGCCCCUGGAAAUGACAAACGUCACAAAGUUGAAGACGGGAUCUUCAUCCUCGGGUAGCAGUGACUCCUCUGAUAGUGAAGACUCUGACAAUGCAGGGCUGGUUCCCAAGCAGCAGAAGACGCUGUCCAACAAGGACACCAAGAGGACGCAGCAGCAGCCCGUCACCAGCGUUGCCGGCCCUGUCGUGCCGCAUCCUCAAGUGGUCCAAACCAAACCCCCGUUCAUCGCUCCCCCUACUGUUCCCGUGUCGGUCCCACUCUCCGUUCCCGUCCCUAUCCCUGCCCUGGAAUCCUCCCAGCUUUUGAGCGCCGGAUUUGACCCGUUGGCCCAUUUUAUGAACCCUCACAUAACCCAGCCCAACACUGAGUCUGGCCCAGUCAUCACUGCUGCUUGUCCCCCGCUCACCUCUGGCCUGCUCAAUGUCAACGCGCCUGUUGGCCCCACACCCUCUGAUACGCACCCCUUCCUGAACCAACAUCCCAUCAUUCCCGGGCCAGCCAUCCAUAGUGCACUUCCCCAGCAGCCAUCACGCCCUAGCAGCCAUGCAGCACCACUUCCUCCCAAGAACUCUCAGCCGCCUCCUUCCUCGCUCCUAUCUCUACCCACGCCCCCUCCUCAGCUACAGAGCUCGCUUCCUCUCCCGCUGCCCCAGCCUGCUCCACGCCCCCGCGUACCUUCGCCACCAUCGCAUGGAAUUUUGGGCACCCUCUCAGCUCAGCCACCCCAGGCCCUGCUGGAGGACGACGACGAGCCGACGCCUGCCAACAUAGAAACGCCACCUCUCAGCCAGGUGCAAAGCUUCCUGCAGUCGCUCCAACCGCGGCUGUCCGGGCAGGUUCAUUCGCUCCACUUGCCCACGCAAGGCGCCUCUCAGCUGGUACCCUCAAUGCAAGCUGCGAUGACGCCCGCCCCCGUGGCGAUGCAUCGGCACAGCUCGGCCCACGCCCACACACAGCAGUCCUACCCGCAAGCUCUUGCCACGGCAGUACAGCAACAGAAGGGGGCGAGUCUGCAACAGAAGCUACAGCAGCUACAGCAGCAUCAGCAGCAGCAUCAGCAGCAACAACAGCAGCAGCAGCCCUCGCCACGCAUCAAGGCCGAGCCAUUAUCUACUGGCUGCCUGCGUGACAGUCCCUCUCCCCUCAUGAUGCACUGCCCCCUGAUGCCUCAGUUCCAGACCACAGGACAACAGUCUCCCUCACAGAUCAAGAAAAAAGAUCAGAGGUCGAACUUAGUAAAAGUGGAGAAACCCUCCCACUCGCCAGUGCUGACCCCUUCUCCGUUCAGCCCUGCCAUACGCCUUGACACACAAAAACAUGACAGCAAACACAGAUUAGAUGUGAAGUCAUCGGAUGGUGCUCGUCCCAGUUCCCGCCUCCCCGACUCCCUGGUGCAAUGCCCUCAGCAGGACACCAAAGUCAAGCAAGAGCCCAAAACGCCCACGGCGCCCAAGAGGGCACCGGAUGUGAAAUUGAAGAACAUGGGCUCCUGGGCCAGUUUGGCCCAGAGGUCUCAGUCCACGCCAGCGUCAGCGGUCCGCUCAUCCAGUGACAGCUUCGAGCAGUUUCGACGGGCAGCCAGAGAGAAGGAGGAGCGGGAGAGGCAGCUGAAGGCUCAAGCGCAGCUGGCCAGGAAGGAGCAGGAGAAGCUGCGCCGUGACGAUGACGACACUGUGGAGCACGCUCGCCGGGCGCAGGAAGACACCCGCCGACGCCAAGAGCAACAGCAGCCGUCGCCCCUCGCGCCCACGCCUCCCGCUUCGACCCCGCCCACUCACUCUCCGCAGCCCCCGGCCGUCCCGCCUCCAGCGCCGUCACCGACUUCCUCGGCCGCGCAAAAUGCCCUCGACCAACAGAGGGAGAUGGCGCGCCGUCGCGAGCAGGAGAGGCGCAGGAGGGAGGCGAUGGCCGACACCAUUGACAUUAACUUCCAGAGCGACCUGAUGGCCAUUUUUGAAGAGAAUCUCUUCUGAGUCAGAAGGGUGGCGAUGGCUGUGUGAGAAGGACCCGCACACGCACACACACACAGACGUGGUGAGCUUAUAUACAUGCCUCACAUGAACAUCCGUAUAUUGACUACAUACAUCGUACCUGUCCCCUUUCUCACGACGUCUUUUUCCCUCGGAGCGCAGAUACGUUUUGGUGUCUGACGUGAUGUGUAUAGUUGUUAGCUCGCAAAAUUGAGUUUAAAAAAAAAACAAAAAAACAAAAAAAAAGUCCUUUAAAAGGCAGAGUGGUAGUCAAUGGGAUGUUAUAGGAAAAUGAUUUAAUUCAAAGAAAUGAAGUGGAGGACGAGACAAUGGAUUCUACAAGAUGCACAGACUUUUGUCGUUCUCCUCUCUUUUAAAUGUGUUAUUCCGGAAUGGGAGUUUCAGCUGGUCUCGGAUUUUGGCUUUUUUUUCUCAGGACACAGCGGCACAGCACCUCCCACCCCCAUCCCCCACUAUACGGCAUAAACCCUCAUUGCACAAGUUCAGUUGAAACAAGCGAGUGAUAAAAAGCCCACGAGUGUGUCCGCUCUGCCUUAGCGCUCUGGCCUGUAUUGUCUGUGAUGACACCCUACAAAUUAUACAUAUAUAUAAAUAGAUACAUGAAUAUAUAUUCUAUACAAGGAUAAGUCAAUGUAAGAGAACACGGGAGGAAUUUGGUUUGUGUGUGCGCAAAGGGGGUGUCGAUCUUUUGAGCGCUCUGCUUUUUGUUUUGUAGAAUUUACUGUAAAAAAGAAAAAAAAACUUUUUUAUGAUGCUAUUGAGGAUUUUUUCUGUCUUGUUUCCCUCUCGGUCUGUUUUGUCCUCCCAGCACCCGCCCACUGAAUGCCAAAACAGUUGAGUUCUGAAAGUCCAUUCACGUUCUUUUACUUUAUAAGAGGCUGUUUUAAUUGCUUUAUUUAAUCUCCCUCUACACCCUUUUUAAAUAAGAAUAUUUGCGCAGGAUUUUUGCCCAUGUCUUCUCUCCACUUUCAUGCUUUUAACACCCGCUUCCCUAUCAAAGUAUCAUUUUUCCGUCAUGCUAUACAUGUUCAAUCUUUUCAAGCCGCCUCACCCUCCAACGCCUCCAACUCUUUGUAGAUUUUUCUUUCUGAAGUGUUUCCUUUGUGACUCGGCUUUCUGUACACUGGCCUGCACAUCAAUGAGUGUUUUAAACAUUCUAAUUAGUUGAUCCCACCUCCCCGCCACCGCCUCCUUCUUUUAUCUGUUUGUUUUUGGACUUUUAUUUUGUUGUUCUUCCCUUCUUACGCCUCCCUUACCCCUCUCUCUAAUUCAAUUUAUCCAGAACAACCUUGUUGUAAUGUUGACAUUGAGGUCAAUAGAUUCAUCUUCAGACGAUGGACAUGUUUUUUUUUUUUUUUUU